UGUGUCCUUUCGAUUUCGGUUCUUCUCAACCCAACUCAUAACUGCUUGCCUAUAAAAUCCCACUCAGUUUUCAGCUUCUAAAGAGAACUGUGAGGACCCUGGGGAGCCAGACUCCGGAGGACGGGAGAGGCGAGAAUUUAUUUGCUGUCUGCAGCUUAGGAGACAGGUUUGCAGGUUGCCAUGGCUUCUAGACCCAACAUGACGGCCCCCAUUUGCCUGGUGGAAAACAACAAUGAGCAUCUGUCAGUGAAUCAGAAAGCUCUAGAGAUUCUUGGCCAGAUUUCUCAGCCAGUGGUGGUCGUGGCCAUUGUAGGACUGUAUCGAACAGGCAAAUCCUACUUGAUGAAUCGGCUUGCAGGACAGAAUCACGGUUUCCCUCUGGGCUCUACGGUGCAGUCUGAAACCAAGGGCAUCUGGAUGUGGUGUGUGCCUCACCCUACUAAGCCUGAUUGCACUCUGGUCCUUCUGGACACUGAGGGCCUGGGCGAUGUGGAAAAGGGUGACCCUAAGAAUGACUCAUGGAUCUUUGCCUUGGCCGUGCUUCUGUGUAGCAGCUUCGUCUACAACAGCCUGAGCACCAUCAACCACCAGGCCCUGGAGCAGCUGCAUUAUGUGACAGAGCUGACAGAACUCAUCAGGGCAAAGUCCUCCCCUACACCAGAUGGAGUAGAAGAUUCAUCAGAGUUUGUGAGUUUUUUUCCAGACUUUAUCUGGACCGUACGGGAUUUCAUCCUGGAGCUGGAGUUAAAUGGUCAUCCUAUCACAGCAGAUGAGUACUUGGAGAAUGCCUUGAAGCUGGUUCCAGGCCUGAAUCCCAAAGCUCAAAUAUCUAAUCUCCCUAGAGAGUGCAUCCGCCAUUUCUUUCCAAGACGAAAGUGUUUUGUCUUUGACCGGCCAAUAAACAACAAAGAACUCCUAGCCCAUAUUGAGAAGGUUGUAGACAACCAACUGGAUCCUAACUUCAAGGAACAAACAAAGAACUUCUGUUCUUACAUUCUCACCCAGGCGAGGACCAAGACCCUCAGGGAGGGAAUCACAGUCACUGGGAAACGGCUAAGGACUCUGGUGGUGACUUAUGUGGAUGCCAUCAACAGUGGUGCAGUGCCUUGUUUGGAGAAUGCGGUUACAACACUGGCUCAGCUUGAGAACUCAGGGGCUGUUCAGAAGGCAGCCAACCACUACAGCGAGCAGAUGGCCCAGAGAGUGAGCUUCCCCACAGACACGCUGCAGGAGCUGCUGGACCUGCACGCAGCCUGUGAGAAGGAAGCCAUUGCAAUCUUCAUGGAGCACUCCUUCAAGGAUGACAACCACGGGUUCCAGAAGAAUCUUGUGGAAAUCAUAAAGGAUAAGCAGGAUAAGAUCUUGCUGCAGAAUGAAGAGGCAUCUGUUAAAUUCUGCCAGGAAAAACUUGAGCAACUUUCCAAGUCGCUGAUGGAAGGUAUUUCAGCAGGCAUUUUCUCUGUUCCUGGUGGUCACAAGCUCUACAUGGAAACAAAAGAAAGGCUUGAACAGGACUACUGGAAAGUGCCCAGGAAAGGAGUGAAGGCACAUGAAGUUCUCCAGAGGUUCCUGCAGUCUCAGGCAGCAACAGAGAAUUCCAUCCUGCAGGCAGACAAAGCUCUCACGGAUGGAGAGAAGGCCAUGGCAGCGGAGCGGGCCAAGAAGGAGGCAGCUGAGAAGGAACAGGAGCUGAUGAAACAGAAACUACAGGAGCAGCAGCAGCAGAUGGAGGCACAGAAGAGGAGUCUCGAGGAAAAUAUAUUGCAACUGAAGGAGAAGAUGGAGAGGGACAGAGAGACUAUCAUAAGAGAGCAGAAUAUGAUAUUGGAGCAUAAAUUGAAGGUUCAAGAAGAUCUGCUUAGAGAAGGAUUUAAAAAGAAAUCUGAAGAGAUGAAUGCAGAGAUCAAUCAUUUGAGAAAUAUGAUUGAUACUGCUCAAAAUGAUAAUACUUCCUGGAUUGAAAAAGCCAUAGAUGUCUUUUCAAUAUUGGUUGGUCCUGGUAAACUUUUUCGCAUUGUGCAAGGCAUAGGAUCACUGUUUAAAUGGAAAUAAUUCUCCUUUGAAAUAAAUUAUAGAAUGUGGCUAUAUUCUAUGGCUUGUUUUUAGUGUGUAUUCCUUUCAAGUUCAUUCAAUCAAUGAAACAAAAAAGGUACUUACUAAAGAAUAUCAAUGCGUAGCCUUCAUUAGAUACAAUUAAUGCUCGUAUGCUUUGUUAUAGCAUGUUUACUUUAUGAAAUAUGCAUGUUUAAAUAAAUAUACUUACAAA